ACCUGUCACCUUCGCAGACGCAUCGACGCAGACCGUAACUCCAAAAGGCUCCACUGAGAAUCAAACCAGGACAUCAUCAGAGGACGUAGUCAUGGCUCAUCAUUGCCCAUCAGGCACAGUAGGCUUCACAGCCAAGCUGAAUGUCUCUGAUAGCUACCCCACUCACUCUGGAGUCCUGAAGUUUGGCACUGUACUGGUCAACGAGGGAGGAGGCUACUGCCCUAACACAGGCAUCUUCACCUGCCCAAAGGAUGGCCUCUAUCACUUCACUGUGCAUGCUUCUGUGUAUGGGCGUGGCCAGUGUUUUAUAAUCAAAGACGGAACCAAAGUAGUGUCUCUGUAUCACACCACUCUGCCUGAUAAAUGUAGCCAAGUGGCGAGUGUGAGCAGUGUGAUCAAACUGUGUACAAAUGAAAAAGUCUGGGUGAAACUCUGGGGGCCUGGCAGAAGUGAUAUCUUUGCAACCGAAGAUAAUGACACUGUGUUUGUUGGAAUGUGUUUGGGUUGAUGAGUGAAGUGUCAAAAUGUCAAUAAAGUUCUUGA